CAUACCGAGGUGUUCCUGGGUUUGGUCGCAGAAUUCUGUGCAGCGUCGGGUAUGCGGCUUAAUACGGACAAGACAGUGGUUCUACCAUUUCGCCCGUGGACUGAGACGACUGAAGCACUUCGGCAGUCGCUGGUUGAUCUCGGUAUUAUUGUGGUUGGCAACGAGGGCCAGACAAAAUUCCUGGGUAUAUACUACGGCCCCAACCUCUCGGACGCGGACCGCCUCCAGCAUUUGUUGACCGAGAUGCAGACACGGUGCUCGCUUUGGGUUAAUCGGGCGCGCACGUUGCGAGGGCAAGCAGUCAUUUUGCAGCAGAUUAUUCUCCCGGUUCUGUGGUACUCGGCCAGUGUCUGCCAUGUCCCCCCAACUGGAUUUCAAGACCGGUUACACUCCCUUAUUGCAAGGUUUGUGUGCCGGGACAAGUCUUCCAACGCGCUGCCCCAGGCUUGGUGGUUUUUACCCCCCGGUCAAGGCGGGCUCGGCAUCACCCCGGUGGCCGAUAUGAUUCGAAGCCUGCAGCUGCAUAUGCUCUGCAAAGUCAUUAUCGCCACCCGGCAAACCCUGGGUCGGGAUGUCCCGUCUUGGGUUGAGCCAAUUAUUCGACUGUUCGACCAAGCGGUUCAACCUUGGGGGCGCGACUUCGAUAUUCUGUACGCCCCCGUCAAUACCAGUCCGGACUACGUGGUGGCUCGGCGUCUGACCCGGUGGACUGGCCUGGGGGCCUACUGGCACUUUGUGCUGUUCUGCUGGAAUACCCAAUUUCGACCCAAGACCGCGCGUCUCCAGCUCAAGGCGGAUAAGCGGACAACCCCGCUGAUGGAUAAUGUGGACAUCACCUACGGACCCAAGGGCAGGACGCUGGUUGGAACCUCUGCCCCGCUUGGCAUGUUACCCAUUUUGGCGAACCACAGCCUUUAUCGUCCGGUCGACUUUAUGCUGGCGUGCGAGACUCCAGUGACUGCGGCGAGCCUGUCUGAGCUUUUACGCCAGAUCGUUCAAGGCCGGAUCUCCAGUGUUCGCUCCUGUACGAAUUUCCUCGACAAGGUGGGCCGGUUCUUCGUGGAGGCGCCUAUCGGACCCCAAGUGGCCCAGUACUACUGCGCUUUCCAUACUUGGGUUUUCGACGCGUACGAUCUGGAGGAACUCACCGUGGCUCGGAUUCGUACGGGCUUACUCAAGUGUGAGGUUCCAGCUUUACCGCUUGAUCGCCUUGGAGUAGAAGGGAGCCCGCCAGACGCUAUGUGGAGUCGCGAUCUCAAGUUGGGCAAGCAUCUACUGCCUGUCUACGCGGAUCUACUCUACCGGCUGCAGCAUAAUGCUCUCUUUCUGGGAUACCGCUUUCAGCAUCGCACUGACUCACAGACCCAGUGCCAUCAUGGGUGCGGCGCGCUGGAGACGGCCCCGCAUUUAUUUUGGUUCUGCUCUGCGGCUAUUGAAGUUUGGGACCCCUGGCUGCCGGCCUUCCAAGUCUUUUUCGACUCCAAGCUGGAAUGGGAAAACAUCUUGCUCUUUAAGGUGGAACCCAAGCCUGAAGCCAAG